AUGAGCCUCACUGUGUGUGAAGCAUUUAAAGAUGCUGAUCAAUAUUUGCCUGAUAAUUUUUCUUUCAAGAGGGAUCAUAGGCAUACUCAUUUAUACAAUGUUUAUUGUCGAGCUAACACAGCAACAGGAAAAGGACAAUGUAUAACUUCCGGUGAAGUAGUUAACGCUGUUACUAUAUUAUUACUUAAUAAUUUAUUCAUUGGAAAUGAUAUAGAAUCUGAAAAUGAACGUAACGAAUAUAUCCUGUAUGUUAUGCUAUGGUUAAGUAAUAAAAUGAAACUGAUUACCACAGGGACCUUCAAACAGGUGGCAGAUUUUUAUGUCACGUAUAUAAAAAAUUCUGAAGAGUAUAAAGAUUAUAUUAAUUUAAUCUUAAAAAACGAAAGAUUACUGUAUUUUAAUAUUGGUAGAAUGCGUAAACUUUAUGGGUUAUUUAAUGAUCUGUGUAAUGCAAUUAAUAAACAUUCUGAAGAUCCUUCAGAUUAUUCUGGUUUUUCAAAAUUUGCUACUAAUUGGGAAGAAGAAGCCUAUAAUCUUGCUUAUAAAAAAAAUAGGAUUUUUGAAGAUAAGCGACAUUGUACUAUUUUGUCGACUUUAAAAAAUGCUUAUGAAAAAUAUAGAACAGAUAAUGGUAGCCCACGUGAAAUUCGAAAAAUUAAAGAGAUCGAAGGAAUGGAUGAUUGUAAUAAAUUAUUUAAAAAUGCAAAAACCCGAUCGAAAAAAUUACAGAACUCCCGACAAAUAAGGAUUCAAAAAAAACCUUCAGGAGAUCCAAAAAAACCUUCAGUAAAUUCACAAAACCCUUCAGUAAAUUCACAAAACCCUUCAGCAGAUUCACAAAAAAGUUCAGCAGAUUCACAAAAAAGUUCAGCGGAUUCACAAAAAAGUUCACCAGAUCCAGAAAAAAAUUCACCAAAUCCAGAAAAAAAUUCACCAGAUCCACAAAAAAGUUUAGCAGAUUCACAAAAAAGUUUAGCAGAUCCACAAAAAAGUUCAGAAGAUCCACAAAAAAGUUCAGUGCCUGUAAAAAAAGAUUUCGAGAAAAGCGAUGACACAUUGACAUAUUUAGAUAUUAAAAAUGCAUUUGAAACCUAUAGCUCAUUUUUUAGUAGUGCGCUUACUAAUAUUGGCAAUAAUUUAUAUGAAAAGGCGGUGCCAACCUUACAAAAUGUUUACGGUACAUUAAAAAAUUUUUCUGAUACCACGAUUAGUUAUAUGAACGAGCAGCUUAAAAAAGCAAUAGAAACUUAUACAUUAUAUGAAGAUAUACCUGAUGAAAAAGGGCCAGGAGGUGACCCACCAGCAGAUAAUCCCUUACCGCCAUUUAGUGACUUACCACCUAAUCCCUUACCGUUAUCUAGUGACUUACCAUCACCUAAUCCCUCAUCAUUAUCUAAUCCCUCAUCAUUAUCUAAUGACUCAUCAUCAUCUGGUGACCCAUCACUAUCUAGUGACCCAUCAUCACCUAGUGGCCCAUCAUCACCUAGUGGCCCAUCACCACCUAGUGACCUAUCACCACCUAGUGACCUAUCACCACCUAGUGAUCCAUCACCAUCUAGUGAACCAUCACCACCUAAUGAACCAUCACCACUUACUGGCCAAUUACAAUUUAUUGGCCAAUUACAAUUUAUUGGUCAAUUUCCAUUUACUGAGCAAUCACUAUCUACUGAGCAAUCACUAUCUACUGAGCAAUCACUAUCUACUGAGAAAUCACCAUCUAUUGACCAAUCACCAUCUAUUGACCAAUUACCAUCUAUUGACCAAUUACUAUCUAAUGGCUCAUUAUCAUUUACUGGCCCAUUAUCAUCUAAUGGCCAAUUAUCAUCUAAUGGCCAAUUAUCAUCUAGUGGCUUAUCAUCAUCUACUGACUCAUCAUCAUCUAGUGGCUCAUUACCAUCUAGUGGCUCAUUACCAUCUAGUGGCUCAUUACCAUCUAGUGGCUCAUUACUAUCUAGUGACUCAUCACUAUUUACUGACUCAUCAUCACCUCAAGAAAAUUUAUUACCUCAAAAAAAUCCAUCUGAAACUUUACUUGAAAAUAUAUUUGAAACUUCACUUAAAACGUCACCUGAAACUGCAUCUGAAACUUCACUACAGACAAGUUAUACGGAAGAAAUUCAAAUACAGCAACCGCCUCAGGAUUCAGUUGAAAAAGGAAAUUUUGAUCAAAAAAUCAAUCAUGAAGAACCUCAAAAAGAAGUGUCAAUUCCAGAGCCAGUUUCAGAGCCAAUUACAGUGACAAGUCCAGCGGAAAUUCCAACGGGAAUUCCAACGGGAAUUCCAGCGGGAAUUUCAACGGCAACUUCAACAGCAGCUCAAACGGCAACUCCAACAGCAACUCAAACGGCAGCUCCAGCAUCAGCUCCAACGGAAACUUCAGCAUCAACUAAAAAGGCAACUCCAGCAUCAGCUCCAACGGAAACUUCAGGAGGAUUUUCAUGGGGACUUUCAUGGGGAAUUUCAGAGAGAAUUCCAGUGAUUAAACUGAAAAAUCCAAUAUCCAAAGUAAAAAUAAAUGAAAUACCAGGAAUAGAUAAUAAUGUAUUCAAAAAAUACAAACCAAUUAUAGUUUCAAUUAUAGUUCUUUUAAUUCCUGUUGCUUUAGUUAUUAUGAACAAGUAUUUGCCAUUUGUAUGGGGAAAGAAAUUGAAGAAAAAAAAAAAGAAGAAAAAGGCUAUAAAUAUGUUUGGUGUAAAUGAAACAGCAAAAAGAGUUAUAAACUCAACUGAUCGAAAGAAACAAGCGGAAAUAAUUAUAAAUUCAUCUACUCAAAAAAAACAGGAUAAAAAGUUUAUAAAUUCAUCUACUCAAAAAAAGCAGGAUGAAAAGUUUAUAAAUUCAUAUACUCAAAAAAAGCAGGAUGAAAAGUUUAUAAAUUCAUCUAAAAAAAAAAAGCAGGAUGAAAAGUUUAUAAAUUCAUCUAAAAAAAAAAAGCAGGAUGACAAGUUUAUAAAUUCGUAUACUCAAAAAAAGCAGGAUGAAAAGUUUAUAAAUUCAUCUAAAAAAAAAAAGGAUAAAAAGUUUAUAAAUUCAAAUGAUCGAAAGAAAAAAGUGGAAAUAAUUAUAAAUUCAUCUCCUCGAAAAAAAAAGGAUAAAAAGUUUAUAAACUCAACUGAUCGAAAAAAACAAGUGGAAAUAAUUAUAAAUUCAUCUACUCCAAAAAAAAAGACUAAACAGUUUAUAGAUUCAUCUACUCAAAAAAAACAGGUGCAAAUAAUUAUAAAUUCACAUACUCAAAAAAAACAGACUGAACAGUUUAUAAAUCCCGUUUAUUGGGAAAAAUAUUCAUUAUUAAAUAUAUACAAACAUAUGAAGUCCGAUCCUGCACCAUUUAUUUGUUUGUUUUUGUUGAUGAUUUUUUUUGUUUAUAAAAGAAAAUACAAUUCUUUAGAAUAA